AUGUCACCGUCGAUCUCGGCCAUUGAACGCAACAACCCACCUCCGCGGCGGAAGUUCCUGUGCCGCCUGCAUCAAGGCCAAGCGCCGAUGUACACAGGAAAGCCCGGCAUGCCAGCGAUGUACUCAGAGAAGCUUAAUCACUGUGGGAUUUGUCUCUCUGGGAACACCCCUCGACCACCCCCGAGUCACUGGAACUGGUCGACUCGCAUUCUGUUGUCUUGGGAUGCGGCAGACACAUUGGACCUCUUCACGUUUGACAAGUUCACCUUUGACAACCUCGAUCCCGUCUUUGAAGAGGCCAACAUCUUCAUAAACGAGCCAACACGAGGCGCUGAAGACUCCGAACUAUACAACCAGCACCACCAGGAUUGCAACGACCUCAUCAUCCCUGGCCCGCCCGUCUCCCUCCCUCAAACCGCAGCAGUAGCCUGGGCCUUCAAAAACAGACUUAAUUUUGCUCUCGAGAGAAUCCGUGACGCCCCCCGUCAAAUGGUCUGCGAGAAUCAGGCCCCCUUGGUCCCAUCCCUACGCCUACUCCUCCUGCGCCUCCACCUCUCCAAAAUCCCUCUCAACACCGACAUCAUCACCCGCAACAUCAGGUCCCGCAUCACAGCCCUCCUCUCCACCCCCAUACCCGUUUCCUCUCCGGUUGACCUCCUCACCCGGGUUCAGUCCUUACUGCUGUACCAGAUCAUCCGCGUGCUGGAUAACUCUUACACGUCCUUCUCCGCGAUCAACGACACCACCGCCGCAUUGGAAGAAGCUGCGUUUGCUCUGAUGUCUCACAUCACCUUUGAGGAAGGAAUGUUUGAUCCCCCGCUGAUCAGCUGGCAAGAUCAAACGAGACACAUCAUCUCCCACUCCGCCCCCUCUCCACAACCCGACAGUUCUGGGAAGAAUGGGUAUUUCAAGAGGUCGGCUAGGAGAACGUUAAGGAAUAAAUAUCUUGGCAGUGGGACCUUGUCUACCUGGCCAAUAAGAGGCGCCCACUGUUAA